AUGCUAGAAAAUGUUGCAGGAGCUCGUCAACGUGAUAAAGAAGAUCCUGAUAUCGAGCAAUUACUUCAAGAAGCUGAUGAUGAGAACAAAGAUGCAUCAAUCGAGUCAACGGCUACAAAAGAAAAAACUAUCUCAAAGAGUUCAUUAUUGUUAAAGCCGAAAAUUGAAAAAUUUCAAGAAAACAAAAUUCAACCUUCUGUUGUUAAGAGAAAUAAAAAGCCACGAUCUCAACAAGUGAAAAUUGAAGCAAUUGAUUGCAAUGACAAAGACUCUAAUACGAAGGAAUAUAUUGAAAUGGAAUCAUCAGUUAUGUAUAGCGAAGAUGAAGACGAUCAACUUGAUAAUGAUGAAAAUCUUUUUGGAGAGGAGAUUUAUGAUAUCAUGGAAAUAGAAAAUGGAAGUACUGAUAAUAUCUAUGCUGAUGAAUCAGGAGGAAAACAAACGAUGACUGAUGGUGAUGAAGAAUUCAUUCUUGUGAAUUUUAAAUCAUCUAAUGACGACCUAAGUGAGAAAGAUCAACAAUUUGUUGUUGAAGAAUUAAUUGAUGAAGAGUUCCAAGUUGGAAGAACAGGUUCACCUCGUAAAAAGCAUGUUAAUCGAAUGCCGAGAGAGAUAAUUGAAAAAUAUGCGCAAUCAACUGAUAACAAUCAACAUAUGUGCAAAAAGUGUGUCAAAGUAUUCUCAACUAGAACAAAUCUUAUUCGUCAUAUCCAGUCUCAUGAUGGAUAUAAAGCUUACGUUUGCCCGGUCUGUAAAAAGGAUUCACACAAUCAGGAAGUUUAA